AUGGCUCCCUCUAGCCUCCUUAGCAUUGUUUCUGUGACCCUCCUCGCUGUUCUCAGCUCCACGGUCCCUUCAUCAGUUAACGCUGUUUCGCUGCAAUCCGGUAAUGUCGUCAGGAGCCACCACGACAUCGCUGUUGCCCGCUCUGUCCGCAAACGGGCUAGCAAUGCCAAACGCUGCAAGCCCCGUGCAGCCUCGUCUGCAUUAGAGAGCAAGCCUUCCACAGCGCCCAAGAAGGACGAGCCUGCCAAGCAACCCGCUCAGCAACCCUCCAACGACAACAAGAAUAACAACAACAACAACGGCGGCAACAAGGGCAAUAACAACAACAACAAUAACAACAACAACAACAAACCCCCCAGCGGCGGCAGCAGCACGGGCCCCGUCACUGUCGGAAACGGUGUUCAGCUCCGCGGCAAGGCUUGCCUCGCAUGGCCCAACUACAACUACAACAAGCUGUCUUCGUGGCAGGGUAAGAACGUUGGCCUCAUCUACAGUUGGGAUGCAAGCAAAAUCCCCGGCGCUGAUGAGCUUGGCUUCACGUAUGCACCCAUGUUGUGGGGCUGGAAGAAUGCCGAAGACUUCAAGGCCAAGACUGUUCCCGGCUACGCGAAGAUUGCUCUUGGCCCUAACGAACCUAACGAAGUCGGCCAGAGCAACAUGGAUGCCUGGAGUGGUAUCCAGAUCUGGAGGCAGUACAUGCUCCCCCUUGCCUCCAAGGGCUACACCCUCCUCUCUCCUGCCAUGUCGUCCCGCCCCAACGGCAAAGACUGGAUGAAGACUUUCAUGAACAACUGCGGAAAUGACUGUGCUGUCAGCGGUAUCGCCACCCAUUACUACGGCACCGACCUUCAGGAAUUCAAGAACUACAUUACUUACUGGCACGACACCUACAACCUCCCCGUCUACAUUACCGAAUACGCUGAUCAGAACUUCAACGGUGGCAGACAAGCUACCAUGGAUGAGAUCUGGGCAUUCAUGGUCGGGGCUACCGACCCACUGCUGGUUCGGCGCCAUGUGCGGGCAAUGGCCCUAACGACCUCGGCUCUUACUUCAUCAACAACUAAGUGGCCGUUCACUCGACGCUUGUGCAUAUCCACUCUAACCGCAUAUCCUAAUGGCCCUACCAUCUAUACCGAGCAAUUGUUCUUACCUUUUCUUUCGCAACCAACGCUUGAGACCCGCGUUUUUCCUGGCCACGCCAGCUGUGGCCGUUUGUUCUCUGCCGUAGCAGGCUUAUGGCUAUCUACUCUCGAAUUUUUGUGUUUGGAACAAAUGUUGACUGAUGUCACUUCUUUACUUGGAACCAUCAUGGUCAAACAUCUGCCGCCGACCAUCAAACAUCUGUUGACUCUGCGCAAUCCGAAUUCACUACCUCCACCAUCGGCUUCCAAGCUACAAAGUGUAUUGACGAGCUCCUACCGAAGCGCUCUAGAUCGCAACGCCACUACAGCAUGGCUCGUUCUGACGGCAUGUACUCUGACAACGGUAAAUCGUCCGUCAACUAUGGCCCAAUUAUACCGCUUCAUUCGCCCAAGCGAUGCUGCUUCGCGAAGCACUGGGGCCAGCUCGAGUCUGGGCGAGGCAAUUAAUAAAGCAGCUCUUGUCCGCGAAGCCGUCCUCAAGAGUGUCAUUUUUGUUGGAGUCCCGCGCGUCAUUCUGUCGUUCGCCGCGUUCAAUGAGGCUCUGGAUGCCGAUGUGAGAGCGGCCUUGCGGACAACUUCUCGCCGCGAUGGCACUUCGAGGAAUAUCGACACGACCGUUGAACGCGGCAAGGCCUUAUGGCGCUCCAUUUACACGCCCCAUGCAGAGAAAUUGCACGACAAGCUAGGGUCUUAUCACCCCGACUUUAUCUCUUUCAUUAUCCAGAGUUACGGCACAGUGCUUUCGCCUUUGCCAGGCGAGACGAGAUCCGCAACAGAUUUGAGUGGCCGCGACGAUCCCGACCAAGGCAAUCUUAGCCGUACAAUGGGGUCGGUUGUCGGAAUAGCCUGUCUCCGCGCCGAAGAGCGAGUUGUCCCCCAGCUUACGAGUCACGUUUUUGGGCUGCUCAAGGCACGCGAAAUAGAAGGAAAGAGCGAGGAGGAUAGCUGGUUAGCGAGCGACGAAGGCACCGAGUGGGUCAUCCGCACGGUCGAUGAGAUCGUCGAAGUCGUCAAGUCAGAAGACAGUCUUGCCCAGGUGAAAUUGUGA